UAUUUGAACCCAGGAGGGAUGAAAUAAGUGUGGAAUUGUAUAACAGGAGCUGUGUGAAUUGUACGGCUCACCUACCAUAGUGAGGAUAGUGAAAUCUAGGAGGUUCUGAAGAGCUGGACAUGUAGCACGCAUGGGGUGAGGCAAAGAGUGCAUACAGGAUUUUGGUGGAGAAUCCUGGAAAAUGACCACUGUAGCAGACUAAGAAGGAGAUUUAAUGAUAACAUCAAGAUGGAUCUUAGGGAUGUGGGCUGUGAGGAUGGUAAAUGGAUGGAGUUGGCUUAGGAUCGUGGCCGGUGGCGAGCUUUAGAGUUCGCUAUUAAGAAUAGAGAGAUUCUGAAUGUCGCACAUUAGCAUUAUCCGUUUAUUACUGUAACCGCAGUUUACCUCUGAGACAUGACAAUACAGAACUGUGUCUUUGGUGUAUUUUAGACAGAAUACAAAUUUGAGAAGUUCUUUGGUGCUUACCAUGUUUGGAAAGGUAGCAUUGUUGGUUUCAUUUUCGUUUCACGGAAUAUAGUUAGGAAAGUUAUGUCAACACCAAUCACAGUUGCAUAUGGCGAUUGUAUCGGACCGGAAAUUAUGUAAGCGCUGCUAUCGAUAUUGCGUGAGGCAGAGGCAAAGAUUUCAAUAGGUAUUUUUGAAAUAGGAGAGCGUGUUUAUAGUAUUUGAGCAAGAAGAUGAGAAACUUAAUUCAAAAUAUUGCGGAAGUAUGGUCAUUAAACGAUAGUUAUUACGCUAGCUUUUUGUAUGGACAAAGAUGCGUUUAUAUACGACAAUCUGGAAGUGGUGUGUUUAUAUAGUGUGUGUGUAGGUAGGUUAUGUUAUAAUGGAUGGUCUGAGUUCAAACUUGAGGCGACGACCCCUGCAAGUAGCUGUUGCAGGAUUGUUAUUUGAAGUGGGUUUCGAUAAUGCCGAAAAAAUGGCGCACGAGACCUUAAUUGAAAUGACCCAAAGCAUAAUAUGCCAGGUGGGAUUAAGUGCUCGGUCAUACUGUGAGUUGUCAGGACGUACUGAGCCAGUUAUAGGAGAUGUGAUCAUAGCAUUAGUGAAUAUGGGCCUGCCUUUGGAUAGCAUUGAAACACAUGCCAAAAGAUCAGGACGGACAGUGUUGCCAGCUCCAGUGCCAUCAACUCAACCCAAGCAGCUGAGCAUCUUGCAGGCUGGUGUAAAACAGUCACAUCCGUCACACAUUCCAAUUCAUCUGCCACAGUUUCCUGACCCACAUGCUUACAUACGCACACCAACACACAAACAGCCAGUGACAGAAUAUGAGGCCAUCAGGGAGAAAUCUGCAUCUCAGAAACGAGAUACUGAACGAGCAUUGACAAGAUUUGUGGCUAAAACUAGUGACACACAUUCGCUGUUCCUCACUGAAGAUACAAUAUUCCCAUUGGUGGCUUGUAAACCACACAUGCCUCCUUACCUCAAAGCACUUCUGCCAUCGGACCAAGUUUUUGAGUUUGAGGACGAGUUUUCCAUACCCUCCUGUCCAACUCGUGGUGGUCCGGGACCAAGUAGGAAGGCUCGUAGUGAUGCAGAGGGAGAAGAUGAUGAGAACUUAGAAGAAUUGAAGGAGAAUACAGAGGAAGGGAAAGGAGGGGAAACAGACUCUAUAGACAAUCCUUACCUACGCCCAGUAAAGCAGCCACGCAAGAAGAAACCCAAGACAUGAUGACUGAUAAAGACAUAUCACAUACUGUCAAUUAUGAUUACACUGAUUGAUUUGUGAGUGAGGAAAGUUGUUGUUCUGUGUGUGAAGAACGUUAUUGACAGUAAGGUAAUUUUUUUGCCAGAAUAAGAGAAUUAUUCUUUUCAUUUGGUGAGACUGUUAUCUUCAGUAAACUUAAUCCAUUGGACUAAAUUUGAACAAAAAUAAAUGUGAGAGGUUUGAGGUGAAGAUACAGAUUUUAGUCAUCUGUAACGUAAUAUUAGGACUACACAGAAUCAUAAGAAGAAAAAGAAAAGAAAAGAAAUCCACAGCUCACAAUAAUAAAUGUCCCAUCUUAAAUCUUAGUAGUAGUUGUUAGCAGGUUCUUUAUGAGUUGUGGUGCAAUAAUACUAGCUAAUAAUGGCCAGGCUUCAAAUGAUUGUAUUCUGUAUGGUGACUAUUUUGCGAGAGGUUAUAGCAAAACAAGGCACAGUAACCUUCGUUAGGAUUGUUUAUUUCAAGUGAUAUAAUGAGGUUAUACCAAUACUGUCUGUCACAGUACUUACUUGUACAGUUUUAACUUCAAAAGAAAUCGCUAAAAUAUCCGUCUGUAAGAUCUCUGUCUUACAGAAUUGUUAAUUUGUACCACCUUCAUAUGAUCGCUGUAGCUGUUCAGUAUGUGGUUCUCACACAUGUGUGAGGUGUGUGAGGUAUCUUAGUGUGUAUAUUCAAAAAGGAACAAACAGACAACAUAACCUUAUGAAUUAUGUGUAGUGUGACACAAUAUAAUGAAGUGAGUAACCAGUAGUUUUUAUGUAAAUGAUGCAUAUAUAAAUAAAACUAAUCAUAACUUUCCUACACUAUUAA